AUGCUUCGGAUUGUGGUGGUGUUGGGCAAUCACUGCGGCGUUCCCUCGCCAGCUUUAUAUGCCAUCGCCUGGGCUCCUUACCUACAUGGCUGCGUGGCUGGCAUGGAGCACUUCCUUGAAACAGUC